GGGAUUUUCAGUCUGCUGUGAAAGGCUUAUCUUCGGUUAGAUGAGACAGACAGGUAGCGCAAAAGAAACCAAACCUGGAACCUGCAGCCCCACACCGAGCCUAAAUCUGCAGAGAGAAAGUGAUUGUGAGGAGUCUUUGGAAAAUGAACCGCUACGCCAUGCUCAAACAACUGGGAGAUGGCACCUAUGGAAGUGUGCUCCUGGGCAGAAGCAAUGAGACCGGGGAGCUGGUGGCCAUAAAAAGGAUGAAGAGGAAAUUUUAUUCUUGGGAAGAGUGCAUGAAUCUGAGGGAGUUAAAGUCUUUGAAGAAACUGAACCAUCCCAAUGUGAUCAAACUGAAAGAGGUCAUAAGGGAAAAUGAUAAUCUCUUCUUUGUAUUUGAAUACAUGAAAGAAAACCUCUACCAGCUCAUGAAUGAGAGGAACUGUGCAAUGUUUUCCGAAAAUGAGAUCAGGAACAUCAUGUUUCAAGUGCUGUCUGGCUUAGCGUUUAUGCAUAAACAUGGGUAUUUCCACCGUGAUAUGAAACCAGAGAACUUGCUCUGCAUGGGUCCGGAGCUGGUUAAAAUUGCAGAUUUUGGACUUGCAAGAGAAAUUCGCUCCCAGCCACCAUACACUGAUUAUGUGUCCACCAGAUGGUACAGAGCUCCAGAAAUUCUGCUCAAGUUUACCUCAUACAGCUCACCCAUUGACAUCUGGGCGGUGGGGUGCAUCAUGGCAGAGUUGUACACAUUUCGGCCAUUGUUUCCCGGCAACAGUGAGGUGGACGAGAUCUUUAAAAUCUGCCAGGUGUUAGGAAGUUUGAGGAAGGCUGAAUGGGCCGAGGGCUUCAUUUUAGCCAGCUCAAUGAACUUUCGCUUCCCAAAAUGUAUCCCAACCUGCCUCAGCUCUCUGAUUCCCAACGCCAGCAAUGAAGCAGUCACACUGAUGAAAGACAUGCUGCAAUGGGAUCCAAAGAAAAGGCCAAGUGCUGCUCAGGCUUUGCAGUAUCCAUACUUCUAUGUGGGUCAGGCACUUGGUGACCAACUCAAGUAUUCAAAGCAGCACAAAGUCCAGGCAAUGAUGGUCAAAGAAGCUGUGGACGCAAAUGCUUUGUCUCUGUGCAAGACAAGCAAGUUGGAGCCUAGUAAGACCCAUUCAGAGUCACAAACCUGCAGCCAGUCUCUCCAUCAGCCCCUUCAGCCUAUCCAGCUGUCCCAGCAAGCGGACACGCAACAACAAACAUGCCCCAGCAUGAUGUCAGAGGAACAGCAGGAACCACUCAGUUUGGUUAAAAACAGGCAGCUGAUAGCGACUACGAAAGGAGCAGCCACGGGGGCAGAGAACAGCCUUACCAGAGUGAGGGCUGGACGAAGACGAUGGGGCCAAAUGUCUAUUAAGUCAGUCGACAGUUGGGACACUUCUGAUGAUGCAGACGUUGGAGUUUCCAUCUCUAAAAAACCAACAAUGAAUUCUUUGAGGGAUGAAACCUUUGAUGUGCCCAGCAGUUGUUUUCCAGCAUCCGAGACGCCCACGCCAUUAAAACUAACAAGCAGCAAUGGAUUGGACAGAAGUGACUCCACAACACUGUCACCCAAGCAACACUAUCUGCGGCAGUCCAGAUAUCUACCAGUACAGGGUGUACCAUGCCUCUUGCCCGAAGUCAGCUGGGAUAGGCUCCAAUUCAGCACCCUAAUGAUGACACGUGGUAUAGACCCAAAAAGCAGCUCCUCAAUGGGGAACCAAGCAGUCAGUAGAAGCCUGUGGGAGAUCUUGGGUUUAGCUCGAGAACCGGAAGUGGAGCUGCCUCUUAUCAAAGAUUCCUUCAUGUCCAAGACAAACAUUUCACCAUGUGAGAAGUCAGAAACGAGGGAACAGAUGAUUCCACUGGCACAGAUAGGAGGCCCCUGUGCUGACUUUCCAUCCACAUGUUUAGUUGAUCUGUCAUCCCCCGCUGAUCUUAAGAUUGACUCAAAAAUCAAACUGUCCAAGAGUGGGAUCUUCUCUAAUAAAGAGAUCCAGAGAGACCACGAUGACUUCAGAUCUCCUCAAGUCCCUUGUACAAGUACAAGCUUCUCAGGAAUGAAUACUUUCUCCAGAAACACGAACAUCCCACCAGUACAUGGACGAGUAGACUGGACUGCUAAAUAUGGAGGCAAUCGAUAAAAUCGGGGUGAUUAAUGUACAGGACUAUGAGCUGAAUACCGUCUAUUGUCUAUCUCUUACUUAGAAUUUAAAUAUGGGACAGUGUGAUUGACUGCUGUUAUCACUAUUGCUGGGAUUGUUGACACCCAUUUUCCCAUAAUGAUCCACAACCAUACCUUCACACAUGUUAUAUCUACAGCCGUCACGUCUUGACCACUCGUGGUCAUUCUCAUUGUCACACACAUUGAGCCUCAGUGUGCUUGGACACGGUCUGUGUAAGCUCUGCCCCUGUAUGGACCCAAAGUCCAGCUCUGAACUAGCCACCGUGACAGCUGAGUAACCCAAGUGAAAUCAUUAUUAUAGUAAUUUUAAAAAUAAAAACUAGCGCAUAUGAGAUACUGUCAGCUAUAUAUAAUUCCAUGGAGGACAAAAGGGGGAACCACAUCUUCCUUUCCAUGCAAUGGACAAGUGAACAGGACUUUUUCGUGGUCACAAAUUGCGAGUGGUGUUUUUUUAAUGUGGAGGUGAACUAAUGCAGUGGUUCCCAAGCCUUUUAGUCCAAAAUACCUUCAGACAUUUGACCCCAGCCUUGUAGCCACUACUCCUGUGUAAACCCACCAUUCAGCACAGUGAAAUGUUUGGGUUUGUGUAUAGUGAUAUGAAGGUGGUUUAUGUAAAUCAAUGCUUGUGAGAAAUACCCGUGUUGUUUUGGUCGUGGUGCACUAGAGUCAGUGCUAUUAUGGCUGUGUCUCAGAUCGAGCACUUCCGUCAUUACACUAUGUGUAUAUAUACAUUACAAUAUGUAUAUUGUGUACACUAUGAACUUGAGGGCACAAAUGUUGACAGUGUAGUGUUUUCUCAAAUCCAUUACUGUCGUUGCGGACUUACUGCAAGUAUAAAAUCACUUUCCCUCGCUAUGAGUUGCCCCUCAGCUGCCAUUAUUUCACGUUACUCCCUCCCCUUCUGUUCAGUGUUUCCAAAUCCUCAGUAAGGAAAUGAGCUAUUGGCUGCCCUAGACGCUGUGAGAAGUUAUUCAAUUAUGUCUAAUUUGCAUAAUUGGUUCAGUUCCUGCAUAUUAAUUGUCCAAAGGAUGUACAGUACAUCUCACCUUCGCAUACGCCUUCUCAAAUUUCGGCUCAACAUUUGAAUUAAGUGACUGUUUAACACAUCAGGCCCAAUAACUCCCAGUCUCUCUUUAAUUGCCAUUGUUCGCUCACGAUUGAGGAAGCUAACAAGAUAAUGGGUCAGUGAGGUUGCUCACUGAGUUGAUUGUCCAAAAACCACUGCCUCUAGUGUGUUGGAAGAAAAUUGCAUGACAUACAUUCAACCCCCAUGAAAAUCUAUAAAAGGAUCAAGAUGGCAUCAGAUGGGAAUGUAGUGACUACACCGGAGCAUAAUCCAGGCUCAAGAAUGAUAUGUACUUUAAAAUCAGUCUCCAAAAACACCACAGUCACUAGAUUUUUUUUUUUUAAGUCACCAUCGGGGCCUGAAUACUUGCGAAAUAUAGAAACAAAGUCAAUAAGUUGGCAACACUGCUCCCCUUCCACCACGUGUAGCCAAGAUGGAAACUGAGGGUGAUGAGCAUCCCAUCACUGCGCACUCAGCAUUUUGCAUGAGUGUGAACGUAUUAAGUGUAAGUACAGAAGUGUGCGAAUUGAGACAGAGCUUCUUUGUUUGGUGACAAAAAACAGCAUCCAGGUCAGUUGUUAAUUCACUUGUAAAUAAAUGCCAAGUGGCUGCAAUGACUAUUUCUAAGAUAAUAUGCCAAAUAAAAAUAACAUCACACUAAAAUGUGGGUUUGAUGGACUAAUGAACAACAACAGCAUCACCUGUGACCCACAGAGCGGCUAACUGUUGGUGGAAGAUGAUUUAUUAAUGCAGACAGAAUUCUAAACUGUCAUGCUAUGGUGUUAUUUGCACUGCAGUACUAUAUGCACUUGGUGUCAUUUCACCUUCUAAACCUCACAUCAGGGGUCUUUAAUUGUUCUGGCCAAAGAAAAAUAACUUGAUUGCUGCUGUCCUCAUUGUGGAGUUGUCAAUUUAAACUAAAGUCAACUAUGUGAUCACCUUAAUUAUACUGCAUAUAUAUAUAUAUAUAUAUAUAUAUAUAGCUUGAUAUACAGCUUGAUGCAAUGACCUCAUCACAGUGAUUAUUAAAUGUUAUACUGUGUUAUUAAAUUUGUUGUCCUUCUUCCAGAAAGUCUUCCACCAUUUUGUUGAAUUCUUCAGCAAACCUCAGAUGGAGAUUGUGUUUUCCCUCUGGCAUCAGAUGCAAUCUAAAUUUAGGACAUAAAAAUUAGCACAGACAGUAUACUGCUUAUAUUACACUUUGGAAAAAACUAAAGAAAAAUUGGUGCCUGAUUUUAGACCAGAUUUUAGGGAUACUGACUGUGAUCGAGUUUUCAAGUUUUUCCUCAAGCGGCUCCUGCUUUGUUUCCACAUUACUUGUAGGAAACAGUUUUAUUAAUUAAACAGGAAAUAAUAAUUUGUAGACAUCAAUCCUUGUGCCCAAUUGGUCGUAUGUAUAACAAUUAGGAGUAUAUCAUAUCUCAGUAAUGAAAGCUGAUGCAGAAAACCAUUUAUAGCAUAUUUAGAAUCAGUGACCAAAAUUGACCUAAAAAAGAUCUAAUAUGCAAAUUCACUGAACUACUGUACUGUAUGUGUUCCCCAGUGGGGAAAAUAAGUAUUACAAUAAGUUAGACUAGUAUGUCUACCCCCUUACAAAUAUACGAACAGUGCAGAAUAUUAUGGUAGGUUUAUUGUGUCAGAGAGAGACAGAAUGUAAAAACAAUCCAGAAAGAAAAUUAAGGCAAUAAAUGAACAUGUGAAAGUAUUUAAUCCCCUACCAACCAGCAAGCAUUCUGACCCCACAGAUCGAUUAUGUGCCCAUGAAGAACACAAGUUAGUCCUGUCCCUUUUGGAAAGUACUCAUCUCAAUUUGCUGUGUGGAUAAGAGACACACCUCUACCCUAACCCCAACUCUCCUCGAGUAGCUAAAAGACACAUACUAACUUUUCUUCCCCUCACCUGAAUCCUCUCUUCCAUGCAAGAUUUCACCUAGUGGAGUAAGAAUGGAGUGACCAGUCUUUUUUUUUCGGUUUGAACGACAAUUUUUAUGCAGUUUAACUUGUAAUUGUUUAGUCUUUGUCGGUAAACCACAAUUAUAUGCUAGCCGGUGGUGGUGGUCUUUGGUUGAAAAAAAAAAAAAAAAGUAAUUUUGAGCAGAUGAGAUAUAGCAGCUUUAAUUUAAUUUUUAUGGUCUUUUUUUAUAUAGCACCAGAUCACAACAGAAGUAAUUUAAGGAUACCUUCAUAUAGAACAGUUCUAUACUGUACAUUGUUCUUUAAUUAUCUAUUCACACAAAAGCAUGUGAUAUCUUUACAAUUUCUCAUCUGCCGAGAAACAAUCACAAUAAUUAAACGACUUGCAUGAGGACCAAUUUGGAGUAUUUCUAGUUCUUUGCAUAAUGAACGUUUUUGAAGUGUAACUAGAGUAACAAUACAGUUACCUAUGCUGCACGUUGUAAUCUGUGCACAUGUUUUUUACAUUCUGUCUCUGUUACAAUAAACGUACCAUAACAAUUCUGGGCUGUUCAUAUAUUUGUACGGGGGUAAACUUGAAAAAAUCCUCAGGGGAUGAAAUAGUCAUUGUAUUUUGCAUAGUCUCACCGUGAUCCCUGGAUAUGUUUGACAAGGAAGUGCGGGUGGCAGCUCGGGACCAUGGGAUCUUUUUCUCCAUGAAUGAUCAGAGUCGGACAGCUGAUUAGGGGCAGAAGUUCAAUGCAGAUGUUUCCUAAAAAAAAUGUGGCAUUUAUUAUACUGUAUAAAAAAGAAAGUAAAAUUACAUGUGCUGUACAGUAUACCAACAAUGUGAGAUUCACACAAAAAACACUUUCUCAAAAUUAGAAAUAAGUUUGGAAGAACGAAAACACUGACAUAUUGAACUUGAAUCAUUGGCAAAAUCGUGGACAGAAACGAUGAUGAUGCCAUGGCAGGAACUUUCUAAGCAUCCAGACCGUACAGGACCGUAGGUGCCGUAGAGAAACGGCAAAGUUUGGAUAUUUCCAAGGGCCUCUGACUGACAGGGCCCCAAAACAAUAGGUAAUUGUUAAAAACCCAACGUGUUUUUUUUUUUCAUGGGGCCCAGAAUUCCUGGAGGCACCCCUUUGUCCAAUCAUAUCAUUCCUGACAUGCUACUUAUAAAGUUGGAGGUAUUUGCAUCAUAUCCUAGAAGUACCAUGAAAGACUACUGUAAGUCGUAAUAAUCAGCAUUAUGGUUCUCAAAAUAUUUAGGGGCUUUUUUUGGCUCAGCAACCACUUCUCUCACAAGCAUUUUCUUAAGAAAUUGAGAUUUCUAUCUUUGUUUUAUUUAUUAAUGAAGGAAUAUACACUGUGUCCCAAAAAAACGUAUACACCAAUACUCUCCGCGUUCACCAGAUCUCACACCACAACAUUUUUUUUAUGGGCAUAGCUAAAAGACAAAGUCUACGCUAUGAGAGCUGCAGCGGUCGCUAAAUUGAGAGCAGCCACUGAACAUGAAUGCACGCAAACACCAAGGAAAUUAUUUUGUGAUGUGUGCAAUUCCAUUGUUUCACGUUGUCAGUAGUUGUGUGGACCAGAACGGAUGUCAGGC